AUGAGCGAGAAUACGUCCAUUAGAAACUGGUCGUCGCGGGCAUUGCAGCCAGCCCAACAGGCGGAUAUUUGCCAGACAGCCUACGAAGUCUUCCAGCUGACGCUAUCGAUACAUAUGGUUGAGAUUGUGGUCAACGUCACGUGCAUCAUCGCCAACUCGGUGCCGAUCGUCUACACGUUGCGGGAGCAUUUAUUCCAUCCAAAUUUAAGGAUUUUGUUUGUGAAUUUGUCGGUGGCGUUAAUUGUGCGGGCAUGCUUCAUAAUUCAACGAUCAGUCGUCCAUUGGAUCGUGUACUUCACGUACCAAGACAUUUGUGAAUUGCCAUUUGACGACGAAACUUGCUAUCUGAUGUCGACGCUCUACUUGAAGCCCGUAGAAGUGUUGAUAUUAACAAUCUUCUCGAUCUCGAUCGAACGAAUGGUGGCCGUCUACCAAACAGAAUACGACAAGCUGGAGCGCAAGUGGAUCGGGAUUUUGCUGGUCGCCUUUAGUUGGACGCCGUUGCCCAUAUAUCUCUUCACAAGCGUUCUCGAUUUCCUCAACUACCAAGAAGAGAGCGGAACCAAGUAUAUACAGCAGGCAUAUUGCCAAGGGUCGAUCAAUCUCACACAACUGCAGACCAUCUACAGCAUCCACUACCCAGGAUGCGCAUUGGUGUUGAUCAUCCUACUCGUCCAAUAUUGGCGUGCAAAACAGAAAUCAAGGUCAGUGUCAGGAACAUGG